CCCGAGUCAGCAGGACUCAGAACAUCUCGCGGCCCGGACCCCCCACCUUUGUCGAUGAUUCUCGAUGAUUGUCAUUCGUCCCUAUUCUUCUUCUUUCGUUCUAUAUACAGCUUUCUCCUCCAACUCAUCCCAUGAUACCAAAAUUUAAACACCAUAAUGGCCCUCUGACCUCAGUGGUGCACAUAAAAACUCCAAUAACUACAAGCCAUCUCAAUCCAUGGUUCCUGGACCUGCGACAAGAUGAAGUUGUUCCGAGUCUUCAAGCUGCCUCUUGUGUUCAUCACCAUCCUUGGACUUUCAUCGCAAAUACCCUUCGGGCUUUCUGCAUCAACCCGAGCUGCAGUUGCUAGCGAUAUCGUUGACACGGGCUAUGCUCAAUACCAAGGCAAUCGGUCUUUUGAGAACUUCACGGUUGCUUACCUUGGCAUUCCCUAUGCAGAGCCGCCUCUGGGCGAUCGCCGUUUUCGAGCACCGUUGCCUUUGAAUACGACUCGUAUCUCGCAAGACGCUAAUGGUCAAGUUGUUGACGCUACACGAUAUCCGAACUUUUGUGUGCAGGGAAGUACGGGAGACAAUGAUGCUGGAGGUGCAGGGACUGAAGAUUGCUUGACUCUCAAUAUUUAUGCACCUUUUGGUGCAAGAAGUGGUGACCAUCUUCCGGUACUUGUCUACUUCCAUGGAGGAGGUUUUGUAUACGGAAAUCCUGCAAACUGGCCAUUUGACAGCUGGAUUCAUCAAAGUCCCAAUGUUGUCAUUGCCUCUGUGUACUACAGGCUUGACUCCUUUGGUUUCCUGAACAUCCCUGAGUUUUCCGAUCCCACCAAUGGUGACUUCAAUGCAGGAUUUCUUGACCAGACCGAGUCCUUACGGUGGAUCAAGGCUCACAUCUCCGCUUUCGGAGGUGAUUCAAACAAAGUAACAAUCAAUGGACAGAGCGCUGGUGCUGCAUCGGUCGAACUGCAUCUCGUCGCUAACCAGGAGCUUCUUUUUUCUGGAGCAAUCGCUCAGAGUGUGGGUCGAAGUCCUGUCGAGAUGCCAGAAAAUCAAGUUCCUGUGUUCAACUUCUAUGCUGAAACAGCCGGCUGUGGCGAGGGCUCUGUCGUAGACAAACUUGGGUGUUUACGAAAUGCUAGCAUCAGCGCAUUGGCUAGAGCUCAGGAUGCUCCUCGGAUCCAACCUUCCGCUUUUACUGGCGCUUAUCCCACUUUUAAUCCUGUGGUCGAUGGAAAGAUUAUAACUGAUUAUCCUUCUGUGUCUAUUCAAAACGGAAAAUUUGCGAACGUUCCAUUGAUCGUGGGAGCGACUUCAAACGAGACGGGAACCCUUGAACCGACUCUUCCAGAAACUAUGAAAAUUGCUUUCCCUGGAUUGACUACCGAAAGUGCUGAUGAAUUUCUCGAGGUAUAUCCUCUGAGUGAAUUCUCGUCUCAACUUCAAAGGAAUCAAACAGCGAUAGGGGAAUCUAUGCUCAGAUGUGCGCGCGAAAUUAUGGGCGGAGCAUUCGCUAGUGCGCCCAAGUCGUGGACCUAUCGAUAUAACCAACCGAAUCCGACUCUUGGGAUGCCCGGUUUCACUGCUCAUGCAGCAGAAAACUGGAUGAUGUUCAACGGGAUCAAUACAGGGUUCAAUGGAUCCGGGACAUUCACACCUAUGACUCCAGUUGAGACUGCAUUUGCAGAAGAGUUGAUCGCCUAUUGGCUCUCCUUCGUGCGCUCUGGUGACCCCAACACCUUCAAACAGGAAAAAUCUCCUAUCUGGCCGGAAUAUUUCAUUACGGGGCCGACAAGUGAGGUGAAGCAACGCAUUGUGUUUCAGCAGGACCAGAAUAAUUCGACAAUUUUGAGUGGCAGUUUUGUGGAGAUGGAGCCUGAAAGUGAGAGUACGCGGUGCAAGUUCGUUGCGAGUAAAGCACAGGAAGAGCAGAAUUAAA